UUGGUGAUUGGAUGGAGCCAUGGCUCUACUCUCACGUCUUUUCUGCUUGUUCAAAUAGCCACACUAUCCCCUAUUCUCUUUCUGCAAAUCUCCCAUUUCUUUAAUUCUUGGUUUCCAGUCUCCGGCUAAGCCGCCAUUGAUAACUCUCCCAAAACUCAAGAUGCAUUCUUCUUCUUUCUCUCUUUUCAUUUCCUUCACCCUUUUCUUCUUCCUGUUUUCCACUUCCAUUCUCCAUGCCAACUCUUCUGAUCUUGACGUGCUGCUGAAGCUUAAGGCUUCCAUGGUCAAGCCGCGGAGCUCCGGGCUGAGUGAUUGGCGCGACGUCGGCAACGCCACCUCCGCCGCCGCGCAUUGCUUUUUCUCCGGGGUGAAGUGUGACGGGGAUUCGCGGGUCGUUGAUAUAAAUAUUUCUGGUGUUCCGCUCUUCGGCACGCUCCCGCCGGAGAUUGGACUGUUGGAUCGGCUUGUUAGCUUGACUCUCGCCGGCGACUACCUCACAGGGGAGCUGCCGCCGGAGAUGGGGAAGCUCGCGGCGGUGAAAGUUAUUGUUCUGGCGAAUAAUAAUUUUUCGGGUGACUUCCCCGGGGAGAUCUUGGCUGGGUUGACAGAGCUUGAGGUGUUUGACGUUUACAACAAUAACUUCACCGGUAACCUCCCGGUGGAGUUCGCGAAGAUGAAGAAACUGAGGAACCUUAUUCUCGGUGGGAAUUACUUCGCCGGAGAAAUCCCGGCGGCGUACUCUGAGAUCACUAGUUUGCAGAUUUUGCACUUACAGGGAAACUCACUCACCGGUGUUAUACCUCCAAGCCUGUCUAACCUCCCCAACCUUGAGGAACUAAAGCUAGGCUAUUUCAACACAUAUCACGGCGGCGUUCCGCCGGAGUUCGGCUCGUUCGCCACUCUCCGCCUUCUCGAUCUCGGCGGCUGUAACCUCACCGGCACCAUUCCGCCGAGCCUCGGGAAUUUGAAACGGCUGCAUAAUCUAUACCUGCAAAUGAACAGUCUCACCGGUCAUAUUCCGACGGAGCUGGGGAAUAUGGAGAGUUUAAAGUCUCUGGAUAUUUCGUAUAACAAUAUGACCGGAGAAAUUCCUGAAAGUUUCUCUCAGUUGAAAUUUCUGACGCUCUUAAAUCUGUUCAAUAACAAAUUCCACGGUGCAAUCCCGGCGUUAAUCGGCGACCUUCCAAACCUAGAAACGUUACAGGUUUGGGGUAACAACUUCACGUUCGAAUUGCCCGAAAAUCUCGGGCGUAACGGCCGGUUACUGUAUCUGGACGUAUCGUCUAACCGCUUCACCGGUACGAUUCCGAAACACAUGUGCGCCGGCGGGAGGUUGAAGACGUUGAUUCUCAUGGAGAAUUUCUUCUUCGGUCCGAUUCCUGAAGAGCUCGGCGAGUGCAAAUCAUUGAAUAGUGUUCGCGUUAUGAAGAAUUCUCUGAACGGAACGGUUCCUCCCGGGUUCUUCAAUCUGCCGCGGCUCGAUAUGCUUGAGCUGAAUAACAACUUAUUCUCCGGCGAUCUUCCGGCGGAGAUUUCUGCCAGGAAUUUAACGAUUCUCGCUCUUUCAAACAAUAUGAUCGCCGGGGAGAUCCCUCCGGCCAUCGGGGAAUUAGAGAGUCUCGUGAAGUUGUCACUUGCCGCCAACAACUUCGUCGGAGAAAUCCCUAAUGAAAUUUCGAAGUUACAGAAGCUCGUGACGAUUGAUUUGAGCGGCAACGGUUUAAAAGGCGAGAUUCCGGGUCCAAUAUCGCAGUGCACCGAGCUGAACUCCAUUGAUUUCAGCGGGAACAAUCUCACCGGUGAAAUUCCAAAUGAAAUCUCAGAGCUUCACAUAUUGAACGCACUCAACUUAUCCGGCAACGCGCUUUCAGGCGCAAUUCCAGCUGAACUAGGGCUAAUGAAUAGCUUAAGCGACUUGGAUCUUUCCGACAAUGAUUUCUCCGGCCGGAGACCCGCCAACGGGCAGCUAAGGAUCUUCGGCGAUCGGUCUUUCACCGGAAAUCCAAGCCUCUGUUCACCUCACGCCCGAUAUUGUCCUUCAGCUUCAUCUUCCUCCGCCGCCGGCGAUAACCAUUCCCAUGUUUCCACCCCGGCGAAGAUAUUGAUCACGAUAAUAAUCCUGGUCACGGUUGCACUGCUGUUGGCUGUCACGUGCGUGAUAACCCGGAAACAAUCAAAAGCGUGGAAACUCACGGCGUUCCAGAGACGCGACUUCAGAGUAGACGACGAUCCAGACUGCUUAAAGGAGGAGAACAUCAUCGACAAAAAGGCGCCGGGAUUUUCCACCGGAGAUCCAUGCCCAACGAAAAUUAAUAAUUAGUAAUUCAUUCCAGAUCAAAUGCUCUCGGAAUAAGGGAAAACAUGCACCAAAAAAA